CCAGUUGAUGGCCGCUCCCACCGUCAGUCAGUGAGCAGCUGAUCUUACAACGCACGAGUCACAGUAAAACAUAAGGAAUACAAUCUUUUGUUCAAGAGGCAAGCGUUCAAUCACAGAGAAAUAGGUCUAAUUUGGCGUGUGCAGGAGCCCGAGAAGUGGACGAUGUUUGUGUGUGCACCUGGAAGUUUCUGACAGACUACCACAUUUGAAGUCCCUCAUUCUUGUAAACCUUUGUCACACACCCGCGAUCAUGCAGAUGGAUCCCGUGUUGGUUGAAUCCGCUGUGGUGUUUGCUAUGGUGAUUUCCGUUCACAUGGCCGUGUGGAACCAGCUGUCCUGGUGUUGCAUCGCUCUGGCGGUCCAGGCUUUCUAUGUUCAGCACAAAUGGGAUCGCCUGCUUCGGACCGGCGCCGCCGUGUUCCAGUUUCGCCCCUCGGCCAACAGCGGCGUCUUACCGGCCAGCAUGGUGAUGCCUCUGCUGGGUCUCGCUUUGAGGGGACGCUGCGUCAUCGUGGGAAACGUUUACAUGGAGCGCUUCGCCAUGGUCAUAACAGUGAUAGGCAUGAUGUUGGCUCUGUUCCUGUCUCUCAUUGCGCUGGGAAUCACACGCCCGGUGCCCACAAACACCUGCGUCAUAGCCGGCAUCGCCAGCAGCGCCAUUCUGUACACCGUGAAGCAAACGCUGACAGUGUCCGAGGUGAUUGAAGUCUUGGAGGUGUUGCUGAUUUUUGUGUACGUGAGCUUGAUCCUGUUGUACCUGCUCCCACGCUGCUUCACCCCCGGCGAGGCCCUCCUCAUCCUCGGCGGGAUUAGUUUCAUUAUCAACCAGCUCAUUAAGCGCUCUCUGGUCUCGUCCGGGAACGCGAACUCCGACCCGCUUCCGUAUUUCCUCCCGGUCGCCGUGUUAGGUUUGGUGCUAUUGGGAAUCUUCUUCGCGGUGCUCUUCGUAUUCAUGGAAUCGGAAACCUGGUCGGCGUCGCUCUUCUUCCACACCAUGACUGUGGUUUUGGGCUUGGGCUUGUUGGUUCCUUGGCUCUCCCUGCUCACGCAGCAUCACCCCAUCACCUGGCUGAUGCAUUUCAUCACUGAGAGCAGGACCCGCCUUUGGCUCAUUGGAUUCUGGGCUUCACUGUUGCUUCUAGCUAUUGCCGUUGUGAUGCAUCAAAACAGCCACCGCUCGGGCGGCAGUAAGAAGCACCAGGCGUCCACGACCGUGCGGAAGUAUUUCCACCUGCUCACCGUGUUAACCUUCGCACCCGGACUCGCACUAGACCGCCCUCUGCUCCACUUGUCCGCGGUCGCGUGCCUCUCAGCGCUUUUGUUCCUGGAAUUCGUCCGCUAUUUCCGCAUCCGACCUUUCGGGCCUCUGCUGAGAUGCCUUCUCACUUUAUUCCUGGACGAGAGAGACUCAGGACCGCUCAUUCUCACUCACAUCUACCUUCUCCUCGGCGUCGCCCUUCCCAUCUGGCUGUCCCCCGGGACCUGCACCCCUAAAGGAGGCCUCGGGGGCGCCGGCGGCCUGGUGCCCUACGCCGGCGUGCUGGCCGUGGGAGUCGGCGACACCGUGGCGUCCGUCUUCGGCAGCUCGGUCGGCGAGAUCCGCUGGCCCGGCACUAAGAAGACCUUCGAGGGCACGGCGACCUCAGUGUUCGCUCAGAUCAUCGCAGUGGUGGUUUUCCUCAUCGCCGACAGCAGUAUAAACCUGAACGCCAGCUACUCGUGGGUGGUGGGCUCGAUCACCAUGGUGGCCAUGUUGGAGGCGUACACGUCACAGAUAGACAACCUGCUGCUUCCUCUGUACCUAUACAUCCUUCUGCUGCUAUGAGAUUAUGCCAACGCACAGAUAUUAAAGGGAUAGUUCACUCAAAAAUGAAAGUUAUGUU